CGUUGGCCACGUGAAAGGCACGCCGCCCCCGCCUAGGGGUUCUUCAGUUCUUCUCCUCAGCUCCUCGCGCCGCACUAUGCCCGCAUCGCCUCCUCCUCCUCCUCGCCUGGUGGUGGUGGCGCCGGCGGCGGCCUGGGCGAGUGCGAACCAGUGGAGGCGGCACGAGACCCUGACCGCUUUUUAGGAAUCGGGAGUGGAGAUAACCAAUUUUCUCCCACUCCCACUCGCGCGCGCACAGUUACAUCGCACUCGAGCCCGGCCAAUCUUCCACCACCGAGAAACUUUCCCCCCGAUCUGUUGUCGUCUCCUCACCGUCGCAUCGGCAUGCACGACAUUGGCCUCUCCGCCCGCGCGGCCGGCGCGACGUCGUGCUCCUCCGCCGCCGCAGGGGACGGCGGCGACGAGUCCAAGACCCGGAAGGCGCACCCCGGCUUCGUCGCCGCCUACACUCGCCUGCACUCCUCCCACCGCGCGGUCGUCUCCCUGCUGCUCCUUCUCACCGUCGCCGUCGCUGCGUUCCUUUGGGGCCGCGCCCGCCCCAGCGUCGACUGCGCGCCGCCGCGCCUCGAUGCGCGCUUCCUCGCCCUCCCCGACGCCGCCGCCGCCUCCGACUUUGGCUCCCUCGGCGUCCCCUGGUGCAGAUCAAAAACAGGGAAGACUGUGGAAUGGACGUCUAAAGACCUACUUAAUGGAUUGGAAGAAUUUGUACCAAUAUAUGAGACACGCCCCAUCAAAAAUAACAUGUAUGGAAUGGGCUUUGACCACAGUUUUGGGCUUUGGUUUAUGGCUCGCUGGCUUAAACCGGAUCUGAUGAUUGAGAGUGGUGCUUUCAAGGGGCACUCUACUUGGGUUCUGCGGAAGGCCAUGCCAAAUACUAGGAUUGUAUCACUCUCUCCUAGGCACCCUGAGAAAUAUCUUAAGAAGGGACCUGCAUAUGUUGAUGGAAACUGCACUUACCUUGCGGGGAAGGAUUUUGUUGAUUUUGGAAGCGUUGACUGGGGAAAACUAUUGAGGAAUCAUGGCAUUUCUGAUCCCGAUAAGGUGCUUGUUUUCUUUGAUGACCACCAAAGUGAGUUGAAAAGGUUAAAGCAAGCGCUAAAGGCUGGAUUCAGGCAUCUCAUAUUUGAGGACAACUAUGAUACUGGUACAGGUGACCAUUAUUCCUUGAGGCAGAUCUGUGAUCAAUCAUACAUCAGAGGUGGUGGACAUAGCUGCUUUUGGGAUAGUGAUGAGGCAAGAUUAAGAUUUAAACGGAAGAAGUUCUGGGAGAAGGCUGUGGAGAUAGAUGAUCUAUGUGGAAAGGAUGAUGCAUGGUGGGGUGUUAAAGGUUAUAUGCGAGACAAUUUCAACCAUAGCAAUAAGGCCAUCUCGCACAAAGAGCAUUUUCAAAACAGCAGGCUCGUGGAAUCAGUGAUGGAUUUGUAUUGGGAGCUUCCUCCUGUUGCUGGUCCAUCCUUAACACAUCAAACAAGGUAUGACCCAGCACGUGCUGUUGACCCAAUCAUUGAAGAUGGUCGCUAUGGCUUGUUUCGAAAAAUCGGUCUAGCAAGAUUGGAUGCCUCAGUGUUCAAUGGUUACACUCAGAUGGCAUAUGUGCAGAUAUCAGGUUCAAUGUUGAGCACAGCCGAUGUUUAAAGAUUUUCUGUGGUGAGCUUCUUUUUUUUUUUUUUUUUUGCUAACUGUUGAUAGGCUUUUGUACAACACUGAUGCGCUUCCAUGCUUACUUUGUUUUUUGUGUAACCUUCCAAAUAUUAAUGCUACCAAAUCACCUUCCAAAUAUUUAUGAGGGUUGUAUUUCUUGGGUAA